AGCUUGUGACACAGUGCAGCUCUGCAGAACACCCACCACGGAAGAAAGGCAGAACCAGAGCGCCUAACUCUGAAUAGGAGAUAAUGAAAGUAAGGCGGUGGGGUGAACAUCGAGCAAGAAGACCGAACCACCAGGAGAAACUAGUGAAGUCAUCAGAAACCAAAGAUGGAGUUGUGGCGGCAGUGUGCGAUGUGGUUGAUCGAGUGUCGCGUUCUCCCUGAGAACCACCGGGUCACAUGGGAGGGCGCACAGGUGUGUGACCUCGCUCAAGCUCUGAGAGAUGGCGUGCUGCUCUGCCAGUUGCUCAAUAACCUCCUACCUCAGGCUGUCAACCUGAGAGAGAUCAACCUAAGGCCACAGAUGUCCCAGUUCCUGUGCCUGAAGAAUAUCCGGACGUUUCUGGGAGUUUGUCAAGAGAGGUUUUGUCUGAAGAAGAGUGAGCUGUUUGAAGCCUUUGAACUGUUUGAUGUGCGAGACUUUGGAAAGGUCAUAAACACCUUGUCCAUCUUGUCUCAUUCAUCUAUUGCUCUACAAAAAGGAGCUCAACCUUUUCCUCUGGCGGGAUUUACUGCUGAUGAUGAAAUCUACAGUGGUCUGUCUGACCAAAUAGAUGACACAGUGGAUGAAGAUGACGACUUGUAUGAUUUCGUGGAGGAUGAGGAAAACGAAGGAGAUGAGAUCUAUGAAGAUUUGAUGAGGACAGAUGAGCAGCCUGAGACUCAACAUAAGACAGGCAUCGACAAGCGAGAGUGUUGCCUGCAGGAAAUUCGACAGACAGAAGAAAAGUACACCGAAACACUGGAAUCUAUCUUGCAGCACUUUAUGAAGCCACUUGAAAGGUUUCUCCAAGCUGAAGACAUUGAAAGCAUUUUCGUCAAUAUUACGGAGUUGGCUGCCACCCAUCGGAGUUUACUGGAAGAAGUUCGGAGCUCCAUCUUAAGCUACGGAGCCAAGAAUCUCCACCAUGUGUUUCUGAGCUACAAGGAGAGGUUGUUGCUGUACGGUCAUUACUGUAGUCAGGUGGAAGCAGCGACAAAAUACCUGGACAAGCUUUCAAAUGUGAGGGAGGAUAUCCGGAUGAAACUGGAGGAGUGUUCAAAAAGAGCAAACAGUGGUCGUUUUUCUCUCAGAGAUUUGCUCAUGGUCCCUAUGCAGAGAGUCCUCAAAUAUCACCUGCUAUUACAGGAGCUGGUGAAACACACCACCGACCCAACAGAAAAGGACAACCUUCGAACAGCUCUUGAUGCCAUGAGAGACCUGGCGCAGUGUGUCAAUGAAGUAAAACGAGACAAUGAGAUCAUUAAACAAAUAACCAGCUUCCAGAUGUCUAUAGAAAACUUGAGUCAGUCUCUGGCUCUCUUUGGUCGCCCCAAGAUUGAUGGGGAGCUGAAGAUCUCUAGCUCUGAGAAAAAGUCUAAACAGGACAGGUACGCCUUUCUUUUCGACAAAGCUGUGAUUAUUUGCAAGAAGAAGAGUGGAGAGACUUUUGAGCUAAAGGAGAUCAUUGAACUACAUCACUACCAGAUACGAGAUGAAGCCACGGGGGAGAAGGAUAAUAAAAAGUGGUCCCAUUUGUUCCUCUUGCUGAAUUGCUAUGGCAAGUGCGGCUACGAUUUCUUCUUCAAAACCAGAGAGCUGAAGAAGAAGUGGCUUGAACAGUUCGAGAUGGCUAUGUCAAACAUGUCUCCUGAGAACUCCAAUGCAAAUAACCACGACUUUCAGAUGCACUGCUUUGAGGAAACCACUUCCUGCAAGGCGUGCUCAAUGUUGUUAAGGGGGAUAUUUUUCCAAGGCUAUCAAUGCUCUCGCUGUAAAAUGGCAGCACAUAAAGAGUGUUUAGGCAGAGUCCCGCCCUGCGGCAGGAGCUCAGUACAAAUGAAGGUACCGAAUAAACCACACAGGCCCUCUGGGCAGUCUAGCAUUGGAUUUCCUAAGAUGGAGGUGUGUCAGGAGUACUAUGGUUUGCCGCCGCCCCCCGUGGGCUUCGGCCAGCCCCUUCAUCUCUCCAGGGGUGACAUCGUUGAGCUGAUCCGGGCUGAUGUUGGCCUGGCCUGGUGGGAGGGAAGAAAUCUGACCACUGGUCAAAUGGGAUGGUUCCCCUGCCAAAAGGUUCAGCCCUAUGUCUCUAGGCCGACCCCAGACCUCUCUGGCUUCAGCUGGUUUGCAGGGAACAUGGACCGCACCGCCGCCAAAAACCUAUUAAUGCCCCGCUCUGAUGGAACCUUCCUGGUGCGACAGAAAGACGGAGGAGAAUAUGCCAUCAGUAUCAAGUUCAACAUGGACAUCAGACACAUUAAGAUCACUUCUAGUGAAGGCCUGUACCGCAUCAAUGAAAAGAAAGCCUUCAAGUGUUUAACUGAGAUGAUUCAGUUUUACCAGCAGAACUCUCUAAAAGAGUACUUUAAAGAUGUGGACACCACGCUACGUACGCCUUACAAACAACCAGAGCAAAGCAAUUCACCGAAUAACACACCAAAUGUCACACCAGGGGGCAGCAUGAGGAGCUUUGGCGUAGCGAGGGCCAGAUAUGACUACUCAGCCAGGGAUCGCUCAGAGCUGUCGCUGCUAGAAGGAGACACCAUCAAGAUCCUGUCCAAGAAAGGUCACAACGGCUGGUGGAAAGGAGAAGUUUAUGGCCGGGUGGGAUUGUUUCCGUCCAACUAUGUGGAUGAGGAUUACUCCGAUUACUGCUGACAUGACCCCACAGGAGAUGUGUAGACCAAAUCUGUAUGUGAGCGACUGCUUCAGCACUUGUGCAUGAGUGUGAUGGUUUUGUGUGUGUGUGAAACUGAAGCUGGUACCGCUGAGGGUCCAGUAGAGUGAAUAAAGCUUGUAUUCGACUGACCAGGCCUGUCUGGCUAAAUGUAAAAUUACACGGCGCACCUCACAACAAAUGUGUGCAUCCAUGUCCAAAAUCAAAUAAAACUUUAUUUAUAUACC